AUGUGUGUCGAGAUCAUCGCCCUCGCUGUGUGCCGUCCGGUAGCCGACAAUGACCAGGACGAAUACUGUGGAAAGUUUCACCUUGUCGCUGGAGGUUACAACGUCUGCAAAGAGGCACGUAGCGAUUUCAUCGGCCACUUUGGCACUUGCGGAGAAAUCACUGCCGAGGCUCCCGCCACAUUCACACUGUCGGACACUUUGAAAUUUCCCUGCAUCCCUUGUGCUACCGAGAUGGACAAGCGCCUGAAGGACCACAAGAAUCUCGAGCCCCACCUCGUCAAGGGUUCUCCUCUUCACGAAGAGUACCUGGAGCAGAAGUCCAAGGGUUUCGAGGCCACUGGGCAUGAGCAUCCCACCCACCCUCACCACGCUGAGGGCUCUGUCACCAAGGGCAAGGCCGCCGUCCACGAACCCGCAAAGGCGCAUGUGGUGGCUCUGGUCCGUACCAAGUUAAUCACUGUUUCAGCUCCUGCUGAGACCCCUUUCGUCGAGGUAGCCAACGACAUGCAGGGCUCUGGCCAGUCUGCUGCUACUGAUGUCUCCGAGAAAAAUGAGGAGGAGUCUGCUCCUGCUGCUGACUCUUGGACUGGAGCUCCCAUCGCUACUGAGUCUGUCACCGAUGAGUCUGCUAUCACUGAGCCUCCUUUCGAGAAGGAUGAUGAGACCACUGUUGUCGCCAACAACAAUGAUGGCGAGACUUCCGUCAAAGCUGGUUCUGACACCGGCGAUGAUCAUCAGAAGGGAGUUGAGGGUGACACCGCCCCCAUCACUCGCCGCCCUGUGGACUUCAAGUACAGCGCCGAGACAGCUGAUAAGCUGCGCGACACGACUGAGAAGUUCGCUUCUCUCAAGUCAGGAUUCCUCGCGGGCAAGUCCGUUUGA